AUGCCACCUGCUCGAGGACGAAAUGUCGACGAUUCCAGAUCUGAGACCUCAAGCACCAUCACAAACCAGAAAGAGAAAGCCGUUCUAGGGCCAGCCGGCGGCUCGGGAGUUUCGAAGGGAAAGCGAUUCGCCUCGGGACUCAACAUCCCCAGCGCAGGGAACAAAACCCCCAUGAAUGGCAAUGGCACCGCUCCUCCCGCUGCCACUCCUGCAGCAACAGAAGGGGACAAAGACCCAAAUCUCCCUCAAACCGAAUGGACAACGAUGUCGGUACCCAUUCUCCGCUCCUACCGUAUUGCGCACCGUCUUCAUGUCCCUGCAGCAUUCAACUACCCCCAUGCUGAAGUUACUUACAAAUCCUGCGACCUCGCAUUGCGUGCUCCCUCGGCGGUCCAUUACAGACGAAAACAGCACGAGCUACAGCUUCAGCGACGCAAACAACGUCAAUCGAAACAGACAACUGGAACAGGCAAAAGUCAUAGAUCCAAGGACAGAGAUAAGGAGAAGGGCAAAAUAAAAGGGGCGGCGCAUACAGACAAACUAUCGAGUAUUGCUCCCUCUAUAGCACAAACCGCCGACCCUCCAGAAGUCACCUCCGACCAAGGCCAUGGCACACCACCUUCUCCAUCUUCCUCGUCAUCCACCACAACAAACCUCGGUCCUCGCGAGCCGGCCUCAAAUCUCGCCACUGCUGUGCGCAAACAUUUCAAUGCGCAACAACUUAGUGAAGCCGACACAAUAGCACGCUUUAUUUAUGUAGUGCAACAGAACGGAAGGCAAGUGAGAACUGAGGGGUCCGAGGGCGAUGGUUCGGGAUAUUUCAUGGGAAGCUCAGAUUUAGACCGUGACGGCUCUUGGAAUGCAAGAUACGACAUGGGUUACGCACAAAGACGGGGUUCGAUCAAAGAUUUGAACAGGCAACAUGGCAAUCUCGUGUACAUUAUACCUCACAAGGGGAUACAUUACUUUGGGCAAGCCGAAUAA